AUGAAAUAUUUGAUAAUAAAUGCGGAUGAUUUUGGAUACUGUCCAAAACGAAAUGCUGCUAUUAUUGACCUAUUUCGUGCUGGUCGUAUAACAUCUACCAGUUUAUUAGUCAAUGGUCUUUUUGCUCACGAAGCAUGUCAAUUAUCCAAUACAUAUCGCAUACCAAUGGGUUUACAUUUGAACUUAACUGAGGGAAAACCGGUGACAAUCGAUUUAUCUUUAGUACAUACAUUAGUCAAUGACAAAAAUUUAUUUCAUGGUAAAUUGGGUUUGAGAAAUGCAUUAGAAAAAGGACAUAUUAAUAUUAAGCAUAUUGAACAUGAAAUUUAUAGUCAAUUAAGAUUAUUUCAAACGUUAUCAGGUCAAAUACCACAACAUAUCGAUAGUCAUCAACAUAUUCAUGUUCAUCCAAACAUUGUUAAUCAAGUUUGUAAAAUUUCAAAUGAAUUUGGUGUUAAACGUAUACGGGCACCCGUCGAUGAAAUCAUUUCACAUACUUUAGACGAGAUGAAUUCAUUUUACACAAAGAUUGUCAAUCAAACAUUAUCAUCAUUUGAAAUAUUUGAUAAAUAUUCGUUAAAAUAUCCCUCCUAUUUUAUUGGUAUGGCAAUAAUGGGUAAAAAUAUGACGUUAGACAGUUUAAAGAUAUCUAUUGAGGCAAAUAAAAAUAAAAUGACAGCGUCUAAUACAGUUUGUGAGUUUAUGUGUCAUCCAGGCUUUCCAAGUGAUCCUUGCAAUGGUGGUUGUUCAUUUGAAGGACCAGACGAUUUUUCUCAAUCACACGAAAGACAACAUGAAUACGAUCUACUCUCUAGUAAUGAAUUCUCGAAAUUGUUAAAUAGUUACAAUAUUGAACUCUGUUUAUACAAUAAAAUUGAUAAAUAA